AUGGUUAAAACCAAGACAACUCCUAGGAAGACGGGGAACCGCUGUCCAAUGUGUGCGGCGAGGUUCGAUGACACGGCGGAGUGGUCAGAGCACCUGGUAGAAUGUGGAAACCGGCAAAGAACAUUAAAGAAAUUUGAAUGUAGAGGGUGUGACUACGCGGCUGUUAAGAAGUGUGAUUUGGACAGACACGUGAAAUGCACUGGGCACGAUGAAACUCACCAAGCAUCUGGAAGUGAGGACGAAUGGGAAAACCAAGAUCCAGGUGCACUCCUCAGCACACUACCUUUGGAGCAGGAGGAAGAUCAAGAUGGAAGUAUUGCUCCAGAUCCAGGGGAAAGUUCUAGCAGGGAACAGAGGAGCAGCACGGAGGAUCAAUUCACCAUGACUGGGGUCCAUGGCUUCAUCUACAGCAGACUGAGCUUUGAUGCCAGCACGCAGACAGAAGCGCCUGUCAAGACCGUGACAAAGAAACAGACAAUAACAUACGACAAAGAGGGAAAACGUAUUGUGAAGGAAGUUAUCACUGAACAGUGGGUUGAAUAG